CAAAACUAACUAACUUAUCUUGUUUGUAAUACCCUGAACAACGUUAAAUUUCAAAAUUAAUACGGUUUACUUGUACAAUUUUUAAACGAUAUACGCGAAAAUAAAAAGUUCCUUUCUUGUAUUAUAAUAAUUUUAAUUUUGAAUUUUGCAACACUUUUUUUCUAUUUCAAUUUUUGCACUUACAUUUUUAACAUAAAUUUUUAUUUUGUACCUUAGAAGUAAAAAUGACCGAAAGCGAAUUCAACCCAAUUGCUAUUUACAACAAUCUAGUCAACUUGCGCAUUAAGCCACAGCCUGGUGGAAAAAAUGCUAAUGUUGAAACCCAAUUAAUGUCGAACUUACGGGUCGACAUGGCGUCCGUUCUUAAGGAAGUUAAUCGCUAUCGUGCAUGUGAUGCUGGAACAUGCUUUUAUUGUCGAGAAUGGGCACUAUUUAUUUACAAGAAGAGUUAUAACGUUAGAAACCAAGGUCAAAAUGUUAAUGAUAUUAAUAGUACCGUUGAGACAGAGAACAAGAAACCGAAAGAAGCUGCAUCAGAAAUUUGUCAGCAAUGUUAUGAUUUCAUUAAUAAAUACGGAGAAAAAAUCAAAUUAGUUGGGUCAACUAAUGAAAUGGAAACUAAUCUAGUUGAUUCUAUUGUUCAAAAAAUUUUUGCAUGGAUUAAAUUACCUAACAGUUUAUAUGCACCACCUAAUUUAUUUACCUCCGUAGAAUUCGAUACACCUCAACAAACAGUAGUAUAUUCCAAACAAGAAAAUGAUCUUCUUAAUGCAAUUGAGAUUGAAAAGUCUAAUUUGGUAAUUCAAAAAGAUUCAUUUCCGCUUCUUAAACAUAUCAAUAAGGUACAAAAAUGCGACCAUACCAGACCUGAUUGGAAAAAUCCUACCGAUCUUGAUCUUGAUCGAAGAGUAUUCAAUGAUAAAUUACAUAAGGAGGCACAUAAAAAUGAGGAAAUAUUAGCCGAAAGUUUGGGUCAGGUAUGGUUGUACGUCAAUAAUUUUUUAACUUCUAUGCUUCAAUUGGAAGAAAGCCGAGAUUUAAUUUUUGGGAAAGGGUGCUCAACAAAACUUUCAAGUUUUUUGAAAGAAUAUCAGGAUGAGUGUCUUCCUUUUAAUGAAUAUUGGGCGCCAAUUGCUGAAGCCUAUAAAAAAUCGGGUAAAUCAAAGAAAGGGAAUACGAAUUCAGCAAAUGUUGUUGAUGAUAUAGAUACGGCUUUUUGUACGUAUAUUAAUAAUGCUAGAACCGUGAUUUCACUUUGGGAGGAAGGAUUUGCUGAGAAGAUUCUUAAUAAUGCAGUUCAAUUUGGAGAGGAAACACAGCGAUCAUUAACUAGUUUAAUAGUAGAAAGUAAAGAAAGAAUAGUCGAUGGACGUGUUCAAAAAUUUCAUAAUAAUAUUUUAACAAAAUGUAGUGAUGCGUUAAGAACGGCGAAAGACAUUAAAUUAUUGAUAUCAAAACGUGUGUCAAUCUUACGUACAGAAAUAACAAAAAAAAAUAACGAACUUAUCCAAGAACUUGAGGUACUUGAAGAUUCCUAUAAGAAUGAAUCUCAAAAAACUUUACAUGGUCGAUUAGAAAAGGCGAAUAAUAAAGAGUAUCGUAAACGAAUCAAAAAAUUCGAGAAUGCAAUACAGGGAUCUAGGCAACAUACUAUUAAUUUGAUCGGAAAUUUAUUUCCAGUUACCGAACUUACGGACAUUUGUACGAGAUGUUUAGAAAUUUUAAUGAUGGAAGGAGAAAUGUGGGAAGCUGUUCAAUUAGGAAGGAAUUACAAAAAUUAUGAAGCAACAUCACAAAAACUUGAAUCGCAAAGACAACAAAUAUUAAAAUAUUAUAAUGAAGGAGUUGAAAAUGGACGAAAUGUCUUGUCUGGUAUCAUUGGGCGUUUAUUUUUAAAGGAAGCUCAGAGACAACAGGAUGAGACAUUAGCUCUAAAGAAACAAGAAUCAUUUCUACAAUCGAUGAAGCAAGAGUCUGGAAAGAAGAAAGGCCAAAGCACCACAGAAUUAGUGGAACCUUCAGGUUCUACUGAAAGCUCAAAAAAGAAGAAAAAUAAGAAGCGGAAGAACACGGUAGACAAAGAGAUGAGCUCAGAAUAUAAAUUAGACGCACCAAAUGACACGUCAAAGCAAACAAAACAACAAUUUUUAAAAGAUAUGAUAAAUGAAAAUGGUCCGAAUGAUAUUCUCAUGUCCGCGAAUUCGGAAACAGUAAGUACAAGUUCCCCGCAGCCUUCUUACUCGACUUCCAAUAAUAAACCUAAAGAAACAACCGAACGUCGAUUAUCGAUUCCACCAGGUUUAAGUUCACCUGGAGAUACAUAUUCACAGUCUCCUCCAAACGAUCACUCGUCUUUGCAAGACGGAAACUAUGAUGAUGCUAGUAAAUUAAACCUUGAUGUGUUGAAUAGAUCAGAUUUGAUUAUGCUCAUUCAGAAUUUAUCGGCUGAGAAAACUCAAUUAGUGAACACACUGAUUUUAAUGCAACAAGAGGUAAAAGCAAUGGGAGCUAGAUAUGCAAAUCUUGUGGAGAUGGCUCGGGAUCGUGAAUUUCAAAUUGAAACACGAAAACAGCAAGAGUUGGAAGAAGCGAAGAAAUAUAUUCAAACUUUAGAAUUAAGAAUAUCUCAUCUAGAGAAGCAGAAUAUUGCAGGUAAUGGUAAUAGCGAGUCAACAAGUCCAAAAAGCAGUUCAUCUCCCGAGAGUCCUAUUGGAACUAGUACUAGCCAGAUUUCACAACCAUCAGGAUUUAAUCUCUUUCCAAAUAAUAGAACAGGUCCAGGUCCUUUGAUUGGAUCUAAGAAAUAUUUGAAUCCUUGGCGAAGUCCUACUUCAGGUUCUCGACAUAUGAGGUGCGGAAAUUGCGGAGAUCAGGGUCAUGUUAGUCAAGAGUGUACAGUUGGAUGUAGAUAUUGUGGUAAUUCGGGGCAUUUAAGUGAGAAUUGUGAUACUCCUAAUUAUAAUUUUGUUGGUGGUAGUGGCAGUGAAGAAAAUGGGAUUAAGUGUUAACACCAAUAGAAUUGAUAAAACCAUUGGCUUAAACGGUUCGAACCAUUUUUAAACCCAUUUGUCUCAUUGAAAAUGUUAGAUGUUACACAUAUGGAAUAAUCUAUUUAAAUAUUUAGGGUUUAACGAAAUUUUUUAGUGUUAGACCACUUGUUAUUGAUGUCAAUAUUGUAUUUUUGAUUAUUUUGUUUUUAUAUUAUGUGUACAUUAUAUCUGGAUUUAGU